CCGACAUAACCCUCUCGCCAUUUCCUACCCAGCAUUCCAUAUUCGCAAGCCAUCCCGUCGACAAUAUCUUCAAAAAAGCAACCAUGGCGCUUUCAACACGUGCCCAGAACGCCGAGCAGGCAACCAAGGGGCUGCUCAUCUGGGAAGUCAUCCCGAACCUCUGGCACCCCGAGACGAACCCCGACGGUAUCGUGAGCUUGGGAGUGGCAGAGAACUCCCUCAUGCACAAUGUCCUUUCAGAGCACAUCCACGAGAACCUCGCCCUCUCGAAUCCUGCCUUCACGUAUGGCGACGGCACAACGGGUACCAAACGCAUCAAGGCGUCCGUCUCCCGCUUCCUGACGAAGCAUCUGAAGCCUGUCAGGCCGAUUGAACCUGAGCACCUCUCCAUGACCAACGGAUGCAGUGCCGCUAUCGAGCAUCUUUCUUGGGCUGUGGCGAACCCUGGCGAAUGCUUUCUUCUCGGACAGCCAUACUACGGCACUUUUAUCCCGGAUCUCACUUGCCGAUUUGGUGCCAAGGUUCUUCCUGUUCCCUUCCAGGACGUUGAUCCGCUUGGCGAAGAUGCCGUUCAGAAGUAUGAGAAUGUUCUCCUCGAAGCCCAAGCCAAUGGCCAAAAGGUUGCAGGACUCGUCAUCAGCCACCCACACAAUCCACUGGGUCGGUGCUAUUCUCGCAGCGUCAUCAUCAGCCUAAUGAAGCUGUGCCAAAAGUACCAAAUGCACUUCAUUAGCGACGAGAUCUACGGCUUGUCAGUCUGGCCCAAUACUGUUGACGCGCAACCUCCUUCCGUUCCUUUCGAAUCUGCCCUGGCUAUCGACCCAACCGGCAUUAUCGAUCCCUCUCUCGUCCAUGUUCUUUGGGGCAUGUCAAAGGAUUUUGGAGCCAACGGAAUUCGCGUUGGAACACUGAUCUCUCAAUCCAACCCUUCGCUCCAUUCUUCCAUUGUGGCUGUGGGACUGUACAGCUCGGUUUCGUCCCUCUCAGAUCAUAUCACAUGCAAUCUGCUCGAUGACGACGCCUGGGUAGAUGGUUACAUUGCAGAGAAUCAAAAGAAACUAUCCCAACAGUACACGCGGGUGGUAGCGUGGGCGAAAAAGAACGACAUCACUUACGCCCCUGGCGUCAAUGCUGCGUUCUUUCUUUGGGUCGACCUCGGAAAGGUCUAUAGGGCACACCACCAGGUUGCCGAGAAUGAAGAUGUCUCAGAUUCGAUUACCAAGGCCUUGUUGUCGAAGAAGAUUUUCCUCGCGUCUGGAAAAGAUUUCGGAUCCGAGAAGACAGGAUGGUACAGGAUUGUGUUUUCCCACCCUGAUGCAUAUCUAGAUGAGGGACUUCAGCGUGUCGUGGCAGCGCUAACGUCGACAUUGGAUUUCUCGAGACUUAGAAUCGAUUGAUAUUUCAGUUCUAGAAUUCCUUUCAUACAUGAUACAAGAAGAAAGAUUGGGUAGCCUAUCGUGCCAUUCUUCGACGAGCCCAAUGAAUGCCUUCAUAAUCAUCCUAUCCAAAGUUCAGUUGCAUGUGCUAGCUAGAACAAAUCAGACCACAUUUUGAAUUUCAAAUAGAGGGUCAUGAAUCCCCCCUCCUGUCCGCCACGUGGUACGGCUUACUGCGUAUCCUUGCCAU